AUGACUCGACUAGACGCUCGUGUUUCGCUGCCGCGUAACAAUGGCUCCAUGAUGGUGUUGUACUACCCUAAGUGGAGAGACAGCAAGCAUGGUGCACAUGCAGCUGUUGUGACAAAGGUCUCAGAGGCGAUUACAGCAAGGGCGAAUGCAAAGGGAUGGGACAGGCCCAAGGUCAACACUCAACAAAUCGGCAACUGGUUCGCAAAUAAUAAGGCUGCAUUGGAUCUCAGAAUCAUUCCCGGCACGACAGAUCACAAGUUCUCUCUCGCAGAUGCUGAACGCAUGGCCAAGGAUGAUGAUUAUCCUGAUCCGACUGAAGGUGAAGGUGGGGCUGAUCCCGCUGCUGUGGACAAUGAUGAUGUAGAGCCAUUCUCGGUGGAGGAAGAUGCAGCUGAUGUGCGAAAGAAGAUGACGGGGCAGAAGUGGUCUUUGCGAAAGACUGCACACUGGGCAUGGCAAGAGGAGCUGUUGGAAAGGGUUGGCCAGGAGCAUCCUGAUGCGAAGGAUCAAGUUGAGAAAUUGGUCUGGUAUACCAAGGCAUUUGUAGAUAAAUGGCAUGACCUGACCGACAAGGAGCGAGAUGAACUGAAAGUGCUUGCUGCGAAGAAGAUGGAGGAGUCGCAGAUGGAUCGAGCUGGGCAAAUUGCCUAUGCUCAAAAGCAUCUUGGCAGAAUGGGUGAAGACUUCAUCCAGACUGUGGAGACAAAGAUGGGAGGAAAGGUUCUCAUCCUCCUGGCCUUGCUGACAGAGAAGCUCACGCAGAUUCGGCGCACCAAGCUUCAGUCACCCGAUACUGGUGGCUUUCUGAAGUUCACUGACUCUGUCGAUGACUGGCAGAAAGAUUCGUGGAAGAAGUGGAGGAUGUGGGCAAUGAAUGUUAUGAUUCCCGAUGAGCUUAAGGAUAAUGAUGCUGAAGAAGAGGAUGAAAUUGCACUUACUGACGUGCAGCACGAGAUCGAUGAUGAUGGCAAUGCCAUCAUUCCUGCAUUUGAGGAGACGUGGAAGCUGACUCAAAAGCGUCAUUUGGUCUGGGCCAUUGUGACUCACCAGCAUCGAAAGAUUGUUGAUUCCAAGCGUGCAAAGUGCCCUUGGAAGAAGAUCAGUGAAGAUGUCCAUAAGUACAUUGAUGAGGCAUGUUGGCCAGACAGCGUGGUCUUUGCCGAACCUUGGAACAUCGGUGUUGACAACAUCGAUUUGCUCCUCAAGCACUGGGUGAAUCGGCAGGCUAUUGGCUCAGUUGCUUUCCAAUUUCUGGUAGCAGCUGAUGGAGGUGAUGCCGUGAAGCCCAGGGGAAAAAAGCAGAAAGAUGUCACUGAUAUGAAUGUUGGCGAUUCAGCAGAUGAAGGGGACCAGGACGACAACGAUAAUGAGGUGGAGGUCGGAGUCAAUCGUCACACAAAGGGCAAAGGCAAGCAGCCUGCCAUGAGGAAGAAGCAUGUUCCCCCACAUUCUGAGGAGGAGUUCGACUUGGAUAAUGUUUCCAGCGGUGAGGAUGACUCAGUGGGGGUAAAGAUGAAGGCUGCGAUGAACAAGGCCAAGUCGAUGCACACUGCCAAUACUGCCUAUGAUGAGGAGGGAUGGCAGCCAUUUUCUGCACAGAAUCUUGUCGAUGUUCCUCGGACGGGAGACACGAGUUCAUCUGGAGUUGCUGGUGCUCCGGCAGCAACUGCACAUGCAAGGAAACUCUAUCCGAGGAUCGCCAAUCACCUGGAAGAUAUUAUUCUGUGGCCCAGGUCAAUGAUGGUUGAUGCUGACUGGUAUAAGCAUGAUGUUAGCAGAAUUGUGAUCCCUCCGCCAGCAUUUUCACUUCCAGAUCCCACUGAAAAUGAUGCGGCAGAGCUAGAGUGGGUUGACUGCCAGAAGGCGAUUUUACUGACAACAUCUGCCCGAUUCCAAGGCUUCAGGAUACUCGACCUCGAACAUAUCAUUCAGCAACUAUCAAUGGCAUGGUUGGAUAAUCCGGGAUGUUUCGCUCUGCAGUUGCUGGCUGACGACACCGCUGCUAUUCCUGAAGAAUAUGUAAAGGUGUGGAAAUAUGAGCCUGGAGUAUGGCAAGCUAUCGAGCAUCCUCUUCGAGAGCAAUGGACGCUUGCAGGCAAUUGGUGUGUCACACUGAUGCUCAAAGAAUAUCCUCGCCCAGCAUGGGCAUCAUGGGAACUCGCACACCGUGAACUCCCUCCCGACUUCUGCACACCGAAGGGAAUUGAGACCUUCUGUGCUUAUAUUGAGGCACGACCAUAUCAGGGAUUUGAGAUGCUGACCUCAGCUUUGGAGCUCUCACUCAUGACAUUGGCAAUUGGCUUGGUACUGCGAUUCAUCGCCGAGCAUAAUGAUCCACAGACAGUUGCACUUGGCCUUGAUGACACCCUUGUGUUGCAGCUUCGUCGACUAUGUUGGCUCUUUGCACGGCAGAUUCAUGCAUAUACGAAGAUCGCAUAUGCAGAGGGUGGCCUGACAGCAGAUGAAUUCUCAGCAUACUCAGCGAUGACAGGCCUCGUGGAGGAGCCAGUGAUCGUAGAGCAUUGGAUGUUGAUCAAGACUACAUCAGCACCUGCCGAUUCUCAAGCAGCCACGGCUGAUAGCACUGCUGUGCAGCCACAGGCCUCGUCUCAGCUGCAACGUCGCCGAGCCCAGCCCACUCCUCCACCGGUAGAGUUUUUAGCUAAUAGUGAUGAUGAACUGGCACCUCAGGAAUGUCCGAAAACUCGCCAGUGA